AUGGGUUCCCAGAUAUGGCCCACGCCGGUUGCAAAGUCAGCCCAGGCAAACCAGACAAAGUCAGCAGAUGUGAAGCGCGUCUCUUCGAAUGAUGUCUCCGAACAGGCAACUGAGGAAUCGAGUGCGCCGACUCCGGAUCAAGGACCAGUCGUUGGAGUCUUUGCUGCUAUCGGCAAGCUAAUCCCUUACUUUCGCAACCCCCGCAAUGUCUUGGUCUUCAAGCUCGACGUCUUCCUGCUGGCGUGGAUGUUUUUGGCAGGAAUCAUGAAGGAAAUGGACCAGUCAGCCACUACCCAAGCAUAUGUCUCUGGCAUGCGGGAGGAUCUGAAACUGCGAGGGAAUGAGCUGGUCGAAUUCAACACUUACUUCUCUAUUGGUUAUGCGCUGGGCUUGGUUCCAGGGCAGCUGAUUCAGACGCGGUUGCGUCCCAGUCUAUUCCUGCCGGUCUGCGAGAUCAUAUGGGGCGCGUUGGUUUUGUUUACGUACAAAGCCCCCAACGCCCAAACGAUUUUUGGCCUCCGAUUCUUCCUUGGGCUCUUCUCGUCUGCCUUCUGGCCUUCAGUCGUGGCUCUAAUUUUCAACUGGUACACUCCUGCCGAGCUCGCACUGCGCGUUGCAUGCUUCACAGUCUGUGAUGUCGCCGGCGCCAUGUUCCUCGGUGCGCUACAGGCCGCUCUCUACCGAGAUAUGAAUGGAGUGCACGGCCUCGCAGGCUGGCAGUGGCUUUUUAUCAUUUCUGGCGCCGUCACCAUGGGACAGGGGCUCAUUGCGUUCAUCACGGUGCCUGAUAGCCCAGAGACGACCAGAGCUCUCUGGCUGACGGGGCCGGAGAAGCGGCUUGCACGGCAUAGGAUGGGAGAAUUUGGCGUCAGCACGUCCAAGCGCAUUCCUCCCAAGGUCCUGAAGAAAAAACUAGGACAACUAAUCGUGCACCCGGUGACUUGGUUCUUCCUGUUCGCCUUUGCACUGAACGCGUGGGCACACCGCGGCACCAGCUACUUUGUCCUGUACCUGGAAAGCAUCAAGGACGCUGCCGGCAACCGCGUGUACGACACGUUCCACGUCAACAUCCUGCCGCUGGGCGGUUACGCGCUCCAGAUCGUCACGAACCUGGUGCUCAACUUUGUGUCGGACAAGUUCAAAUGCCGCUGGCAGGUGAGCGUUUUCUCCGGGGUUGCCAAUGGUAUCUGUCUGGCCGUGCUGAGCGCCUGGCCCGCCAACACGUCCGUCAUCCUGGCUUUUUACUUCCUUAGCUACGGGACCAACGCUGGUGGGCCUAGUUUGAUGGCUUGGAUGGCCGAGAUCUUGAGAAAGGAGCCCGAGGCGAGGUCUAUCAUUGUCGCCAUGACGGUUAUGAUUGUAUAUGCGGGCCACGCAACCAUUCCGCUGGGCGCGUUCCGGGUUGCAGACGCCCCUAGGUAUCCGAUUGGCUUCCCGCUGGUCACUGCAUUUACGGUUGCAAGUAUCCUGGUGCAGUUGGGACUCUUGUGGUGGCACCGGCAGCACAAAGAGAUUGCAGAGACUGGAUAUGGCGGGAGCGACGAUGUCGAGAGGACUGAAGAUGAGGAGGCGAGGUGA